GUUGUGCACAUGCGUGAGGAUGGUGGCAUCUUUAUAAAGGAGGAGGAGAGACCACAUUGCUGGCAUCGUGGUAGCCUUCCGUUUCUCCUCCACUCCACUCCACGCCACGCCACGCCACGAAAAGGAGAAGCUGGUGCCUCCUCCUCACUUCCUCUCCGCUCUUCUUCCGCUCUCAAAACUUGUUCCAACCCAAGCAUGUGCAUAUAUAACAUGCGCGUACGUAGUUACCAUUUAAACUGAAAAAAGAGCGUUAUAACUUGACCUCAUUGACGAACUACAUGAUAGCCCCGCAUAAUAAAACCAGAUGGAUUCAGCAGCACCAUCGGGAAUCAGCAGGACAAGGUCGGAGCAAUUGGAGAUGGCCACGGCUACUCAGUCACUGAGCCGGACGGCAUCUGCGGAGACCGUUCUGAGUGCAGAGAUGAACGGAACAAGCCUGUCGAGAAAAUCGAGCUUUGCGAAGAAGGGAGGGGUUGGAAGCUCGCCUGGGAAGAGAGGAGGAAACCACCACAUCAGGAAGUCGAGAAGCGCACAGCUGAAGCUGGACCUCGAGGAAGUCAGCAGUGGAGCCGCACUGAGCCGAGCCUCCAGUGCCAGCUUAGGCUUCUCUUUUUCCUUCACCGGCUUCACUGGCCCUCCCGAAGACGUUGGUGCUAACCUCCAGGGAGCCUUCAGCGACGACGAUAAUGCAGUAGAUCCCGAGGCUGGCAUCGCAAGAAAAAGGCCAAUAGCAGAGCCAACCUUGCCUAUAUAUCUCAAGUUUACAGAGGUCAAGUACAAAGUAAUCCUCAAAGGCAUGACGAGCACAACAGAGAAAGAUAUACUACAUGGAAUUUCAGGAUCAGCAAGCCCUGGAGAGGUCUUGGCUUUAAUGGGACCUUCUGGCUGCGGAAAGACGACUCUUCUCAGCAUCCUGGGGGGAAGGAUUAAUGGCAACAUAAUCGAAGGGACCAUCACUUACAAUGACGAGCCAUAUAACAAGUCUCUCAAGCGCAGGAUAGGGUUCGUGACCCAGGAUGAUGUUCUGUUUGCACAUCUUACUGUGAGAGAGACAUUGACUUACGCAGCUCUUCUUCGACUUCCGCAGACGAUGUCAAAGCAACAGAAAGAAGAAAGGGCCAUGGAUGUCAUCUAUGAGCUCGGCCUCGAAAGGUGUCAAGACACAAUGAUUGGAGGAUCAUUUGUGCGAGGGAUCUCGGGUGGAGAGAGGAAAAGAGUGUGCAUUGGGAAUGAGAUUAUAAUAAACCCAUCUUUGUUGCUUCUUGAUGAGCCCACAUCAGGACUGGACUCAACUACAGCCCUACGUAUCGUUCAGGUCUUGCAUGACAUUGCCGAGGCUGGGAAGACAGUACUAACUACAAUUCAUCAGCCAUCGAGCAGACUCUUCCUUAAAUUCGACAAGUUGAUUCUUCUUGGGAAAGGAAGUCUGCUGUACUUCGGGAAGGCUUCGGAAGCUAUGGCUUAUUUUCAAUCAAUCGGAUGUUCUCCGCUGAUUGCCAUGAACCCUGCAGAAUUCCUGCUAGAUCUUGCAAAUGGUAACACCAAUGAUAUUUCUAUACCUUCAGAAUUGGAUGACAGAGUGCAGACAGAGAAUCUAGGAAGUGACACAAGAAAUGAGAAGCCAACUCCAAAAGAUGUGCAUGAGUACCUGGUGGAGGCAUAUGAGACACGAGUUGCAAAUAAAGAGAAGAAAAAACUUCUGGCUCCCCUCCCCAUUAGCCAGGAUCUAAAGGCGACGGUAUCAUCACCAAAGAGAGAGUGGGGAGCAAGCUGGUGGCAGCAAUACUCCAUUCUAUUCUGGAGAGGAUUAAAGGAGAGGCGGCAUGACUAUUUGAGCUGGAUGAGAAUAACACAAGUCAUUGCCACCGCAUUCAUCCUUGGCUUGCUCUGGUGGCACUCAGGCAGCGCUAACCCCGAAGGUCAGCAAGAUCAGGCUGGGUUGCUAUUCUUCAUAGCUGUCUUUUGGGGCUUCUUCCCUGUGUUCACAGCAAUCUUCACAUUUCCACAAGAAAGAGCCAUGUUAAAAAAGGAGCGAGCAGUAGACAUGUACAAGCUGAGCUCAUAUUUCAUGGCCAGGACCACAAGCGAUUUGCCGCUUGACCUCUUCCUGCCAGUUAUUUUUCUACUCAUUGUCUACUUCAUGGCAGGCUUAAGACAGAGCAUCAAACCCUUCUUUCUCACCAUGCUUACAGUUUUUCUCAGUAUCAUUGCCGCUCAGGGACUAGGAUUAGCAAUCGGAGCAACUCUGAUGGAUAUCAAAAAGGCAACUACUCUAGCUUCUGUGACCGUCAUGACAUUUAUGUUGGCAGGGGGCUUCUUUGUGAAGGGAGUUCCUCUGUUCAUAUCAUGGAUUCGCUACAUAUCCUUCAAUUAUCACACUUACAGACUCCUGCUAAAAGUACAAUAUAACCAUGUACCACCUUCAAUAAAUGUCAGCAAUCUUGACAAUGGUGCUAAGGAAGUUGCUGCCUUGAUUGCUAUGAUCUUCGGGUACAGACUAUUAGCAUAUGUUUCCUUGAGAAGAAUGCAGCUUUGAACACUGGGGAGCUUCAGCAGAAAUCAAAGCGAUUUAUCUACUCAAGAAGUCAAUUGGAGAAAAUUUUCCAGCUAUCUCCAUGCAAUGCAAACCAGUAAAAAGGGUCACUCAGUUUUACGCACGGUGCUCAAAGAGAUGCUUUCUAAAUACCUUUGCAGAUUUAAAAUUUGUAGUAUGGCUAAGAAGUCAGCCGAAUUUUGUGUACAUAUUUUUAGAAAGGGAUGUACUAGUUUAGCUAUCUCCCAUUUCUACACACUUGUUGAUUUGUAUCAACCCCUCAGAAAGUUGGGGCUAAAUGCUUCGUUAUUAUUAUUGCUAUUAUAUAUAAGCAGUUACAUUAUGUUAAA